CGGACCGCCGCAGCCAUGUUGGGCUCCUGCCGCCUCUCCCGCUUCACCUGUCACCUGCCUGCCGGCACGCGGGCUUUGACACCUCUCCGACGCCACCGGGGCUCGCUCCCGCCGGCUGUUACGCCGUGCGUUACGCCGUCCCCUCGGCCCCGCACGCCGCCAACGGCCGCUCGGCGGCGCGCAGGCGGCGGUUGGCGCCGCCCGCUCCGCUCUGUGGCGUGGGCGGCCGCCGCCGGCGUGACGCAGGCGACGGGCGGGCAGGCGGGAGGGAGGAGCGAGCCCGUGAUGGCCGGUGCCGCCGCCGUCGCGCUGUCCUUCUGUGUGCUGCCGGCCGCCGCCACCCUGCCGCUGCCAGCUGCCGGCCGCCGCGCCGCCGCCGCCGCCAUGGCCGAGGAGGAGACCCCCAGCGAAGGGUUAGGAUGGUUAUUCAGCUGGCUUCCUGCCUGGUGUCCCACAUCACUGCUACACCUUAAAGAGGCUGAGGACAAAAUGCUAAAAUGUAUUGCAAGCACAUACAAUAAGCGAUAUGUGUAUAUACCUAAUGGAAAUAAAAUAUGGACACUGACUUUCUCUCCGGACCUUUCACAUAAAACUCCACUUGUUCUCCUGCAUGGGUUCGGAGGAGGUGUUGGACUGUGGGCUCUCAAUUUUGAAGAUCUCUGUGAGAAUAGGACCGUUCAUGCUUUCGACCUCCUGGGAUUUGGACGUAGCAGUAGACCACACUUUGACACUGAUGCUCGGGAAGCAGAGAAUCAGUUUGUGGAAUCCAUAGAACAAUGGAGAAAGGAGAUGGGGUUAGAAAAAAUGAUUUUACUUGGACACAACCUAGGUGGAUUCCUGGCUGCUGCUUACUCAUUAAAAUACCCAUCAAGGGUCAAACAUCUUAUCUUAGUGGAGCCAUGGGGUUUUCCAGAGAGGCCUGACAAUGCCGAACACGAAAGACCAAUUCCAAUCUGGAUCAAAGCACUAGGAGCUAUAUUGAGUCCAUUUAAUCCAUUAGCUGGGCUGAGGAUAGCAGGACCCUUCGGAUUGAGCCUUGUUCAGCGUUUAAGACCGGAUUUCAAGCGAAAGUAUUCAUCGAUGUUUGAUGACAACACUGUGGCUGAAUAUAUUUAUCACUGCAAUGUACAGUCACCCAGUGGUGAAACAGCUUUCAAGAACAUGACAAUUCCUUAUGGAUGGGCAAAAAGGCCGAUGCUGCAACGGAUUCCACAAAUGGACCGAGACAUUCCUAUCACUGUGGUCUAUGGAGCACGUUCGUGUAUAGAUGGCAAUUCUGGCAGCACUGUCCAGUCUCUGAGACCAAAUUCGUAUGUGAAGACAAUAGCUAUCCUUGGUGCGGGUCAUUAUGUGUAUGCUGAUCAACCCGAAGACUUCAAUCAGAAAGUGAAAGAUAUCUGCGAUUCCGUGGACUGACUGUCUGCUGUUCUGUAGAAAGUCGUACCAUAGAUAGCGUUUAGUACCAAUACUCUCUAGGAAAUCACUAAAGAAUGUGGAGCUACUGGCACAGGCUCUCUUUGCACAUUGUUUCUUCUAAGAAGCCAUUUGCACACUUAAACCACUUAGUGCCUUUUGGGGGAGGGGGGAGGUGUGUAGGGAGAUUUGAAGCAAACUUUGUACAGAUUUGUUCUGAGAUUGGUUUUUAGAUUAUUGGCCUGUCAUAUGAAAUUACACGCAACUUUUUAAACUGGAAUUUUCUUCAAAAUGUAAUUGAAUUUUGCACAUGUUGGACUUCUAAAGAUGCUGAAUUCUUCACUAAUGCGGAGAACUGUAUUGAUGCAGAUACAAUGUAUAAAAUGCAGUUUGGUUUCUUUAUAAAAAUUCAUAGUUUUUAGUUGAUGUUUCAUAGCAAGAAAAUGAAAAUACUUACUCAUUUCAUAUUUGGAAUUCAAAACUCCAUAUACAAUAUUUUAAGAGGGUGUGUUUUAUUUUUUUUUUAUUGGCAUGGUAACAGCUUACGAAGCUGAUUUUGGGAGAGGCCAAAACAAUGAGCAGUGUCUGUUGCUGAAAUACGUGUGUUAGUUUGUAAGAAAUUGGGGCUCAGUAUUGGGAAAUCUGUCUUCUGUUGGAUUUUAUUUCCAUUUAUCUCAAGGCAUCUUUUUCUGUCUCUGCAACUUUUACAGAAGGCUCAGUUUGUAAGAGUCAAUGAUGUUACCAGCACUCAUGCUUCCAUAGAUAUUUUGAUAUGUAGAUCUCAAUAUUUUAAAGUGUAGAAAUUGGCUUGUUAGUUACACCAUCUAUUAUUAACGCUUUACUGCAAGAUUUGUUACUAGCCUAAACCUAACAAUUGUAGAUAAGUGGACAAGAUUUUGAUUAGGGCUAGGGAAUGGCCAUCUGGAUAGUGAGCAUAAUUCCCUUUUUCUUUAAUUAGAAAACCUAGUCCUAGGAAAUUCAGGGUGGAAGAGAGGCAGAGGGAGAAUAUUGACGUUCUCUAAUUGGGAACUACAACAGGUUAGUGUAUUUUAGUUAACAUGCAGCCUCCUUAUAGGAAGGAUCAUUACUGGAGUGAACAAUACCACUGUAACAAAUUAUAAUUAUUUUUCUUGGAGAUUCUUAAUAUAAUUAUAUAUUUAAAUGGAGUAUUUCGGUAUUAGAGAUAAUCCAGUCUCUGCAUCUUUUUGAAAUUGUAGUUUGACAUUAGUUCUUCACAUGCUUAGUAAAUUAUAUUAAGCAAAAUAUUUUGUCACUUUAAAGCCAAAUUAUGUGGUGAUUUUUUUAACAGGUUUACAUAUGAUCUGCUUUUGAAUAUUAAAUUUACUACUGAAGAGUUCUUGAUACUUUUAUACAUAGAAAAAUUUGAGUUAAUGAUAGCACCUUUUUAAAGCUUGAGUGGAAUUCUGUGCAUUUUUUUAUCAAAUUAAGGAAUUGUUACACAUAUUUAUGAUGUGGAAGGCAAAGAUAACCUAAAAUAGUCAGGAAAUACUCUGAUUAUGUUCCCAGCCAAACAUAAUCUCCCUCUUUCUGAAGGAGAUAUUUAUCUAUGUGGCGCUAUGUAAACAUCAGUCUUUGUGACUGCCUUGACCGGUAGCACUUAAUAUCUAACAAGCUAAAGAUUUUUAUUAAAAUUAACUAUUGAAUUAAAUUACUUUUUCAAUUAGCAAAUGCCAGAAUGUUUAAGCAAAACUUUGGGUUAUUUGCUAAAAUCCUGAGUUCAAAGUGGAAAAUCAGAAUAUCAAUUAUAUUUUUGAAUAUAAGCUAUAAAUUAUCAGUCGUGUCACCAUUUAGGUGGAUGCCUUCAAUAUGUAUUUUUUCCCCCUUUUCAGUGUCUAAUUUGUAUUUAUCAACUUAAACAGCUGUUUUAACUGUGUGUAAAAACCUAAUGCAAAAAUAUAUUCUGAGUCUCCUCCGAAUAACAAAAGGUGAAACAAGCUAUUGGUGGUUUCAGAUAGCACUUACUGAUGGGAAUUCUAGAUUCCACAUCAAAAGAUGGAAGUAGGGAUGAAAAUUGCACACUGGAUGUGAAUAUUGUUUUAAAUAUCCCUUGCUUUUUCAGCUUAUUGGACUAAUAAGACAUAUUGCUUAAGUUUUGCACAAUAAAAAAAAAAAUUAAAUGUUAUGUUUGAUUAAUGAUAAGACCUGAUGUUGCUUUUGUAAAAAUUGUGUGUAAUUAAACCCUGGAAAUCAAGAGUGAUUAAUAAGGUGAGCCUAAACCAUUCAAAAUACAUUAAAAAUGAGGCAAUGCUUAUUUUCAAAUGUCUCAAUGUACUUAACUGAAACUGGUAAGCAUUUGUCAACAAGUAGCUGCAAGCUCGGCACGCUGGUUGUAUAUACAAAACAAUGUUUGUUGGUUGUCUUCCAGGCAGUAUUGGAUACUGCUGUGAAGGUCAAGAUGGAAUUUUGAAUAUCCUAUUGUGUGCAACAUAACCCAAUAAAGUUAAUUUAAUAAACAUAGUAAGAGGUGCUGAACAGAAAAUGAAUGGCACAGACUGAAACACUUGGGAGCUGGACCUUUUGUGAGCAGUUACUGACGAGGAAUAAGGUCAGUUCCUACAGAAGUUCUCUUUCAGUGCAAUGACCAGGUGCUUAAAUGCACCGCGGCGAGCACUGAACACUGAUGGUGCUAUUUUUAUUAUAGUGCUAUAAAAUAAGACAAGAAUCACAGGCAUAAACGUACCCAAAGAUCUAUCCCGUUCUAGCAUCAAAAUGAAGACAGCUUUGCAGCAGAGGCUAGGGCAUAACAAAAAGAAUCCAAAAUAUUAAUAAAAUCCAAGAUUAACUGUCUAAGUCUCCAGGACGCGCUCUUCUUCCUGAGGUUGUUGUGAUAAAAUUUUAUUAAAGUAACUUAGUAAUAUUUUGUUUGCAUGGCUGAGUUCAUCUUGUUACUUAUUGAACCCUGCCAGAUUAGAUUUUAGUUCUGAAAAACUGAUUUUCAGAGAAGUAAUUUAUUGAUAAGACUCUAUAAUAAAACAUUCGCAGCCAUCACAAGUAA